GACCGAAAUCGUUUCGACUAUCGCAUACAAGCAACUUAGAGCAGUGCCGCCCUGGUUGACUAGUGCCGCCCUGGUCCGAUUGCCAGAAAAAAAACAAGACAAGUGAAAAAACGAGAUAAAUCAAAUUAAAAAUAUCAUACAAAAUUGUAGUUAAACAAGCGCUGGAACACGGUAAACUGAAAAUGUGAAUGAAAGCCAUCAAUAAAGAGAGACGAGCGCGAUUUGGUGGCACCAAAUGCUGCAGUUGCAACCUGCACAUGUAUGUGUAUACGCGUGAGUGUGCGUUUGCGUAGGAGGCACCAAAAUAACAACAGCAAUCGCAGUGACAACAAAGAAUCGGAAUCGGAAUCGUACUUGUUUGUACUCGUAGAAGACGUACUUGGAAUCGAAAUUGGAACAGCCACUACCAUAUGCCAGUGGAGGGAAUCGGAGUGCCAAUGCAUAGUUAAUAAAUUCCCAAGGAGCUAUACGACCAGCAGACCUCAAUUGCAAUUGCACGCCCUUGACAAAUCACAGUGUCUCAGCCAAUACGAAACUGGAAGCCAUCAAGUGCUCCCGUUAAGCAAGCAACUGCAGACGGAGCACGGGGGAGGGAGAAGGACCUGGUGGUGCACCAAGCACGCCCGCACUAUGGGCAAUUGCCUGAAAUGCUUCCAGUCUGCCGCCGAACAAUCGAUGCCAACGAACGCCUCGUCCCCCAAUUCACACAAUUCCAAUUCCAACGCCUGCCAGACGGCCACCAGCCUUGCUAAUUGCUACGAAUCGGUGGGCAUUAAUCCCAAUGCCAACGAGCGCUGCGCCUUAGAAACCGAUGAACUGCUCUCUAGCCGAACUCCACUCAAGCCAGCAAAAGCAAACAAUUGUGAUACUAAGCGUAAUAGUUUUAAGUCUUUAGGUUUGCUUAAUGGCAGUGCGCCCACCAUGAGCGACAUCAUAACAACUGCUGUCAAGGAAUCAAUGGAGGUAUCGCACCAGACGCUGAGCAAACUAUUCGACGCGUACAAAGAUCCGGAGGACGAGGACAUGAUACUCACGGACGGCAUCGAGCGACUGUGCAAUGACCUCAACUAUCAGCCCGAUGAGUUCGCAAUUCUCGUCUUGGCCUGGUGCCUGGAUGCCUCCCAGAUGUGCCGCUUCACCAAGGUGGAGUUCAUUGAGGGUCUGCACAAGAUGAGGGCGGACACAAUAGCCAGCAUCCGGGUGCGGCUGGAGCAGACAAUCGAGAUGCUCAAGGCGGACGCCGAGAUGUUCAAGCAGUUGUAUCGCUUCACAUUCCGCUUUGGUCUGGAGCCCGAUCAGCGCGUCCUCUCACUAGAGAUGGCUAUCGACCUGUGGAAACUCGUGUUCACUGUACAAACACCUGAUCUCUUCUCCAACUGGAUUCACUUCCUCGAAAAGCACCCGAAUAUUCGCCGCAUACCGAAGGAUACAUGGAACAUGUACCUCAAUUUUACGGAACAAUGUGAUAUACAAAAUUACGAUGAUACCGAAGCGUGGCCCAGUCUCUUCGACGACUUUGUCGACUACGAGAAAAACCGGGCGCUGGUUUCCUCGGGCAUCCACGACGAUGACAACAACAACGACGAUCCCCUGCAGAGCCACGUGAAAGCCGAGGAUCCGGGUCUGGUGUCAUAGUAGCCAGUCCCCAGUCUCUUCAGGGCCAAGCAACGUUCAACUCGCCAAUAGAAAUUAAAGAAUGUACAUUUUCAUCUUCACUGACGACUCGCUCUCGCUCUCGCUCUCUCUUGCUGCUACUUAAGAUCCCCUGUGGAAGAACAACCUUAAAACACCCGUGGCCACUGAAAACGAACGAUGCGGUGCUGGCGCUGCUUGAGGACGGACUCUCCAACUGCCAUCAUAAGCCAGCUCUUAUUAUGGCUGGCCAACAUUCUGGCCGGAGCAACAACGGACGCAUUUGUUUAUGUAAUUAAAGACUUAUCGACAAGAAUUUUGGAAAAGCUCAAUCAUCGGAAACCACAUGUGUAUAUAACUAAUUGACUUGAAGGCGAAGCAGAAGGCAGACCGUAUAAUAUUUAGCAAUUAAUUGAUGUAUUAUUUUAAACAAGAUUGCAACAUUUUAUGGCACUUAACUAUUUAAAUGCAUACAAUUACAUACUUAACUGUAAGUAGUGGAUGUGAAUUAAAUAAAACCAACUAAAA